UAUUAAGCUCUAAGAUAUAAACAUUGAUGGAAAUAUCAUUGUCUUUUUCAAAUUUGCUUAUUUUAUUCAUUUCCAUAGGUGUUUGUAAAUUUUCAGUUUUCAAAACACUUUUGUAGUAUGGAUAUGAAGAGGGUAAAUACUGACGAAAACGUGCUGGAAAGAGUCCGCAUACAACUGACCAAUAAAAACACGCUUGAUCGUCAUUUCUAAUGUUAAUACAAGCCCUUUUAUUCGCAAUUUCUUUAGGCAACUCAACGAAGGAUGACCCGUUACCCAUUUCAAAUUUAUUAAUGUUAAUCUCUAAAUAAAUAAUAUUAUUUAAAGCCCACCCGGAAUCACGUUCCUGAAACUCUGACAUUUGAUUUAAAAUUUUAUCUUGCACAUUUUCAACAAACCAAUCAUUCAAUUCUGUUCCUAAAUCAACUACAGCAUUUCCGGUACUCAGAUAUUUAACAUCAACUUCGCCUUGGACAUCAUUUUUUGCCUUAAUAAAUUCACCGCAAAAUGUGGUAUUUACUUUCAGCAAUAAAAAUUUCUUUAAAAUUUGACUAAUUUUUUGUUGAAAUAUUGGACGAGAAUCGUUUAAAAAUUGAAUUAAAUCUUUAUGAAGUAAAUUAAUUAUGACACCAGUCUGAACUCUUCCCUGGAAACACGACGCUACCGAUUCCCAUACAACCAUUUCAUUUGUGUUUGUCUCGCGGCUACUACUUUGUAAUCCCAAUCCAAAAUGCUUAUGUUGAUAAUUAAGAAUAAUUUUUCUAAUAGCUUUCAGAUGUUGAAUUGUAGUUUGUAAUUUUCUUUUUAACCCAAUAGAUAAAUCCUUUUCGUUAGAAACGAUUUGGUUGCAAGAUUCAAUAUUUUUAUUUAGUCUCCUAAGCCACACAUCACUAUCUCUAAGAGUGAACUUGUCGGAAAUAUGCUUUUUUAAUUUUUGUAAGGUUAAAAUUAAGAUUUGCGCUCUAUGAAUGAUCUGCUUUACGCGCAUCGUGGUUUAUUAAAUAUAUAACAGUAAAUAAGACUUACCCUGUAUAAUAUGUUGAUUAAUUUUGAAUUAUUUUGAAUUUCUUUAAAGAGUUGGGCUUUCCAAUAUCUUUGGAUCCCUCGUAGACCAGUUUGUACUGCCCCGACGCAAAGUGUUCUAGUCUCGGACGGAAAGCUUCUGUCACGCGAGUAGGAAGAAAUACUACGGAAUUUUCUAAUUGCAGCAACACGGAAUUGCCAAAUUUUGUAUUAACAAUUUUGGCUCUAGUAAUUUUAAACGGAACGCCUAUCGGCAAUUCAUGCAGUUUGACAAUCGGCUGCUCAAAAUCACCUUCUGCAAGACAGGUUUGAUUCAGUUGACUUAAGUCCAUCUAUAAAUUAUUAUUAAUUAUUUUAUCUCAAAAUUAAAAAAAUAAAAAAAACUUACGCUUAAGAUUGCUGCUAUUCUAUUUGCGGUUACGGGUUGAGAGUACUAAGAUGAUCUUUAGGACCUUUAUAAAAUAAUAACAAAUGUUAAAGAAUUAAAAUAAGACAAUAAAAAAGGUACUUACUGCUUUUUUGUACGAACACCAAACUACUAAGUUAGCUUCCACGUUGCACGAAUAAUACCAAAAACAACUACUGACAAAACAGAGAAAAAUGAGAUGUAUUUAUACGGUGCGAGAAUACUUUCUAAAAGUUAACAAACGAAGACACCUCCACAUGCGUUGCAACAAAUUUUUCCCAUUACGUUAAUCCCACGGAGCAAAUAUAAAGGGGGCAAUUAAUUAUUAUUCUCAACAAGCAAAACAACUCGACAUUUAGACUCGGCGCGUUAUGAAAUUCCACAUCCCAUACGGAGAUUGUAAAAAAUGAAAGCAAGUUGGCCUUGAUCUUUUGCGGCAACAUACGUUCGUCCAACGUCCGAAGCGGUUGCGUUCCCGUGUGAAAGCGUGUUGACCUUGAGACUCCUACCUGCACGGUUGUCUGGCGACAACAUCGCGUCUAUUCAAAUCGGCGUUGGUGCUUGUGGGUAGAAGACCUUUCGACUUUUAAUUCAACCAUGGAAGGGAGUGCAUGUGUAUAAAUACGUUGCAUGUGUAUUAUAGACUAUAUUCAGUGCAAUGAAUACAGAAGUGCGAUGUCCAUUUCCCUACGACCCUACAACUGAAAAAAUCGCGGUUUGUCCGUAUGACAAGUCGCAUAUUAUGUUGGCGCAUCGCUUAGGGCGUCACAUAUUCAAAUCACACAAAGAGUACCGGGGGUUAGAAUUCCCGGUACGACAUGAAACGACAAGGGAACAUCACCAGCAGCAGGAGCAACCCGGUGGAUCAAAAGAAACAAAGGAGCAGCAGGAGUACCCGGGUGGGUGGUCGACGGAGUGGGACGGCGAGGAGUGCACUUCGUAUUUAGAUUUCCUCCGGGAACGGGAAGAAGAACAACGCAAGGAACAGGAACAAUGGGAUGGUCGACUGAAUCGACAUAAAAAGAAGAAGAAACUCCUCGCCAGACCAAUUUUAUAAAUAAAAUAAAAUAAAAUGUAUUAAAAUUCAAGUUUAUUUAAUUAUCCUCCCGAUCCACCGCGUCACCGCGCCGCACCGUCACCGCCCUCUACCGGGGGGGCCUACGACGGUCGGAGCGCGCGACAUCUAGCAGCGACGGGCGGAACCGGGGCAAAACAGGACGCUACACAAGCGCGCGACAUCUAGCAGCGACGGGCGGAACCGGGGCAAAACAGGACGCUACACAA